GACGAAGGCAAACGCGUUCUCGAGUGACGUCAUUCACUUGCUGACUAUUGUCAUCAUUAAAAUUGUGUAUAUUUUUGCGCUGUUUUGCACUCAUUCGAGCGCGUUUCUACGCGUCAUGUUGCGGAGAACACGGUCGGGAAAACCACAUCAAAUUAGGAAGCUCAGCCAGCUGCUCGUCUUGAGCGCUUCCUGGUGUCAAGUUCCGCAGAUCUGCGUCGGAAGGCUUCCACUCGCUUCUCCUCCGUCCUCUCUCACGGCUCUCCUCUUCCACUCUACCUUUUCUCGCUCGAGUUUGUGGUGUCUUUUCGCAGGCUCCAUGCCGCUGCCGCAGCUUCGAGAGGAAAGUGACUUCGACCAGCUUCCAGAUGACGUCCCAGUCAGUGCGAUUAUCGCGGACACGGAGGAGAAGAAGGGCUUCAUUUACUACUUCAAGUUCGUGAUAGAGGUGAAGACCAAAGGCGGGAGCAAGUAUCUGAUCUACCGACGCUACCGGGCCUUCCACAGUCUCCACCAGGCGCUGGACUCCAAGUAUUCCGUAGCCAACCCAGACAGAACCAACGGAACCUACAGCUGUCUCCUGCCGACUCUUCCAGGAAAAGUCUACAUCGGGAACAAGCAGGAGAUCGCAGAGGGUCGGAUACCAGAGCUCAACACGUACAUGAAGCGGCUGCUUAGUUUCCCAACAUGGCUGCUUCUGGACGAGGACGUGCGGAUGUUCUUCUACCAGACCGAGGAGGACAGCCAGCACCAACCGCGAGCCCUCAGAAGACUCCGCCCACCCACACGCAAAGUACCGAAGACUGUCAAGCCCAAGAUGGACAUCUUCUCCUCACCCAGAGCCGAGGUGAUGUUCGACUUCAGAGGCAGCGGUGCGCUGGAGUUGAACCUGAAGAAAGGCGAGCUGAUCUUCCUGCUGCGUCGUGUCAACGCUGACUGGCUGGAGGGAACAGUGAACAAGAAGACGGGUAUUUUCCCAGAAUCCUUUGUGAAGAUCAUCAAGCCGCUUCCGGAGAUCGACCAGGACAGUGAAGGCCACACCUACAGCUGCCUGCGCUGCUACAUGCACUCUGCCUCCGGCGUGGACUCCAGAGAUGUGUGUGUCCAGGAAGAUCUCUCCAGCCAGCCAACGUACCAGGACCUGCUCCAUCACAUGAGGAAAGUCUUCAACAAGGAUGACAUCGCUCUGAACUAUGAGGACGCGGAGGGCGAUCUGAUCCGGCUGUUGGACGACCAGGACGUCCGGCUGAUGAUCAGCGAGAGCAGACGGAACAAAGGUAACGCCAAGAGGCCGGUCAACCAGUUCCUGUGGGAGCUGCACGUGUCGCUGGCCGGUGACCUGUCCGUCUACAACACCAAGCCCUGAGUCUCCGGGGGAGACGACCUCACGUUCUCCUUCAUCUGGUGGAGCGGUUUUCUUCUCAUCCAUGUUCUGUACAAAUAAAUGUUGCCAUUUUUAU